AUGCUGAAAGCCUGGCUGGCCGGGGCCGGGCCCCUCUGUCAUCCAAGCGACGCCAGCGAAUCGAGAAUUAAGUCUGCCUUUGGCGGGACUGCUGCUGCCACUGCGGGGGGCGAGGAGGACGAGCCACUGGAGGGCCUACUUGCUCAGGACCCGCUCUUUUCCCACCUCAUCCACGCCAUCCAGCCCUCAUCCACAACCCCUCCAAUGCACUUUGAUCAUUAUACAACUACAAGUGAUUGA